AUCAAGUAGUGAAAUUAAAAAUCAACAGUCUCGUAUACGUAUAUAUAAUUCGGUGAGUUGCAGUCUUGACAUUCACACAAUGAGACAGUCUACACUUUAAUAAAGUCGUCUUUGAAAACAUCUUGGUUAAAAGGACAGGAUAUUUUGUACCGUUUCAUUUUACUAUUUAAGAAAUAUAUUAAGAACAGCAACAUUCAUUUCAAUGCAAAGUUGCCGAGUGCUAAUUCCGUAGAAAAGCUUGUGAAACUUGAUUAAGUAAACUAAAUUGUGAACAUUGCUUGCAUGCACAACCAACCCGGUGAGACUGCCUGGUUGAUAAGUCACGUUAAAAAGUUUGCCAAAUCUCGUGAUUGUAACUGUUUAGAUUUUUGGCCUUAUUCCAGAAAAGAAACGGCUCCAAAAUCUCUGGCAAGACUUGUUGUUCGCGUUUUCAGUUUUAGCCGGAGAAGGAAAAAGGUGGUAAAGUAAAGGUCACCGUGAAGGGAAAGUUGUUGAAGCUGGGCGAAAAAUUUGCGGUGUGGGUUGAAGAGCGAUUCCUCACAAAAUUGUGCAAUUACUUUCUUUCAGCCAUGAAUCACGAGUGAGUAACUUGACAUUAUCGGUCGAUGCCUUUUGAGCCGACAUGGUCAAAGUGUUUACAUGAAUGAUUUUCUAUACAAAAAUCCUCCCCAACUUGACAAAAUGUUAAGGGUGAAGUAAUCCGUAGCCGGUGCGUGGGUGGGUGGGAAAAAAGAUAUAAAUAUUGACGAUUUCUGCUAAAAAAGGAAGAUUUUAUCUUUUUUGUGUCACCUUUAAUACUGCAAGUGCCAUUUUCUCAUAGUUAGUGCUUCCCAGAAAGAUUAAUAAUAAAGAUGGAAAUGCUGGAAAAGUUUGACAAAUCGUUUGGCGAUGUGCGAAAGUUUUUAUAUCUCGUUCAACCGGAGGAGUGUACCUUUGAAAAAAUUCAAGAUGUCCCAAACUACUUUUCAGAGGUUUUCCCACUUUUUAUUGGUCUCGUGUGCGCGGAAUAUGUUGCUCUCGCCAUGAAAAGAGAAAGUCCUCGACUUGCCGAAAGUCUCAACUCUUUAGCGCACGGAAUUUUAUCAGAGACAUUCAAGAUUUUGACGAUGGGUAUAGAAAUUUCCUUGUACAUUUUUAUUCAUCGCAACUACAAAAUAAUUGAUCUCCCUUGGGAUAACCCGCUAACCUGGUAUCUUGCCUUGUUAGGGGUUGAUUUCGCGUAUUACUGGGCCCACAGAGCGUCACAUGAGGUAAAUUUUUUAUGGGCUCAACAUCAAAUUCAUCACAGCAGUGAGGAUUUUAACAUCGCAGUUGCCGUCAGACACCCGAUAACCCACGGUUGGAUCAAUUCGUUUUUCUACCUGCCUCUCGCCCUCCUCAUCCCACCACCUCAUUGCCUUGCCCACCAGCAAUUCUCAAAUCUCUACCAAGGCUGGCUGCACACCUCCCUCGUCGGCACGUUGGGCCCUUUGGAGUUCAUCUUUAACACACCCUCCCACCACAAAGUGCACCACGGUUGUAAUCUCUACGUGCUCGACAAAAACUUCGGCGGCCUACUGAUAAUCUGGGACCGAAUAUUUGGGACAUUUCAAGCCGCGAGGGAAGAUGAAGAACUAGUCUAUGGAAUCGUGUUUCAACACGAGUCCCAUAAUCCCGUCUGGCAAAUGUACUACCGGUGGCCUGCGUUGUUUCGUUGGAGCAGAAUGCAAUCCACUUGGGCAGAUGCUUUCCGAGCGGUGUUCUACGGUCCUAGCUGGCGACCAGGUUCACCCAGGACGGGGGCUGACGUUGAUAAAGUAGAUAUAAAGCCACGACCAAAAUUUGUAAUCAUGCUGCCCAAAUGGUUGCAGGCUUAUAUUCUGUUACAUUUCUUCAUGGUUUGUCUCGUCUUUCAGGAGUUUGCUUUGAAAAAAGGGACAUUGGACGAGAUCACGAUCGUGAUGACAGUGUCUCAUCUCGUCUUGAGCCUCACAUCGAUCGGUUUACUUUCCGAGGGGAACCCGUGGGGCUCAUAUUUUGAGCUGUUUCGCUGCUCUGUCACAUUUCUUAUCUUACCGACGCCAAAUUCUCAAAAGGAUUACUGGCUCAAGGGAGUGGUCAACCUCUACUUUAUCCCAUCCGCUGUCCUCUGGAUCGUCUACGUCCUCUAUCAAGGCAUCGUGGGGGCGAAGAAGCCGGAAGGGAUUAUGGAGACCGACAACUGUGAUGAGUGCUCCAGACAGGAGGAUGAAGCUCAUCGGGAGAUUUUGUACGGCGACGACGAUGGUGAUCACAGGACGCCAAAGAUAUUUAAUUGGAAGACGGGAAAGAUCACAAAUAAUAGGUCACAGUUUGGGAGGAGUAGGAGGGGAAGUGGGGAAGAAAAUCAUCCGUAUUUAGUGGAGAGUAAAAGUUUUGUUGAUCAGAGAAAUUUGAAUUAAAGGAAACGAGACGGUAUUAUUUUUGUAUCGUUGCAUAAUAUAAAAUGUAUGUACGUCUUUAUUAUUUCUUCAGCAUUUUCAUUCCUACUAACUUCUAAAAUUACGCUAGAGAUUGCCUACAUAUAGCAAAAAGUUAGUAUCAUGUAAUGUAAUACCAAAUCGAAUUGCCUGUUACAAAUACUAAACUAUUCUAGAGUAUUUAUGUACUAGUCUAUGUAGAAGAAUGUAUUUUAUGAUUGCAUCGUUGUUUUACUGACUUGGUUUAGUGUUAAGUAUCAAAUAAUUAAUUGUAAUAGUUCCUUUAAUCUAGCCGUAAGAGAACCGUAUCCAAAUAAAUAAAAAACGUGUGUACAACCCAAUAUUCAAUCUCAA